UUUUCGCUUCUAUCUCCUGUUUUUGUCAUUACGUUUCGACUAUUUCGACUGACUAACAAUCAUUAGAGACAAUACACAAACAUAACCUCGAAGAUCACAUAAAUAUCAAUUGUUUAAGUCGCCGGGAGAAUUCAUAAUGACGAUAAUUACGUGAAUUAUUUUUAACACUUUUAGGAUUUCGUCGGGUAUGAGGGUUUUCGAGUUCCUGGGGAUUUCCGGGACGUCACGGCACUGGAAAACUGGCGCACGCGCCCCUCAAAUUUCUAUGUGAAACCGAGAAGUUUGGAGCAUGUGCUGGCAUGUAUAAUUUCAUCCAAAAAUAUUAAAUCUUUUAGUAAUUAAUUAUGAAGAUGUUCAUAUGGAUUAUCACAAUUAUUUGGGGACUCCAGGAUGCUCUGGGGGAGAGCAUCCUGACCUCCAAGGUGUUUGUCAUUCCCAUUGGUCCUGAGCUUUUUGGAGUUACAGAGGAUUCCUCUCAGGGAACGGACUUUUCGUAUCAAGCUUCUCUGCUCAAUUCUCCGGAUUUACCACCCUGGAUUCAUUAUACGUACAGUGGUAAACAUCACCAGGGAUUUCUGUAUGGAGUUGCUCCAAAGAAUCAAGGGAAUUUCACGCUUCAAAUUGUCGGAUUGAGCAAGAAAACAUACAAUACCAAUUAUAAAGUUCUGGAUAUGAAUGUUCAACAGAAUGAAAACUCAACAAAAUAUGAAGUUUACUUGAAGAUUGAUAAUCUAAGAAUUGAUGAUGCAUUUAAUAAGACAACGGUGGAAACACUUCUGGAUCUGUUUAGAAAGGAAUUGUGGCUGGAGGCGAAGGAUGUUUGUAUAACUUAUUUGGCAUCGGCAGUAGAAGAAGGUGCCCGAUUGCCACUAGAUCCCAACGAACCUGAGGGGGUUGUGCUAAAAUUAGGAAGUUCCGCACCUUUCUCUGAAGUUCUUAUGAAGCUUGAAGAAGAAGUAAAACCAUUAAAAAAAAAAUUCCCAUGCCCCAAGGACUACAAAAGAACCAGCAAAGAAGUGUUAUUCAGGAAGGCCCAUUUUUAUUUGGACUGGUGUUCAUUUAAACUUAUCUCUGAGAAUCAGAGUCAGCAUCAAGAAAGUGCUCGACGUGGGUCCAGCAUGAAUGUUAUUGGAAGACAAACCCCAGAACAUGCAGAAUGGCGAUGGGCAAGACCUAAAAAAUCAGAUAUCCCUACGAGAAGUUAUUUCAAAGAAAUCCUUACAACCGUUUUCAUUCCAACACUCUUGCUGUUCAUCCUGGCUCUCCUUUUAAGCACAACAUUUUGUCUCCAUCACGAGAAAGCGGUAGAUCCAGAAUCAGAUAAAUAUUUUAAUGAACUCUUUAAUCUUUUCAAAAGAAAUAGAGAUCAAAGUCUCAAUGUCAUGAGUGAUAAGAGAGAAUCAACACCGAUGGAGGGUGUUGGAAAUAAUGGAGUUCAAAUGGUACAGUAUGCAGCAUCAGAAAGAGGAACCUUGAGAUCUCUCUCAGCGCAGCCUUCGAGCCCCAGUGAUUCAUUAUUGAGAAGCCCAAGGACUUCAACGGAACGUGGUAAUCCGUAUGUGCGACCGAAUCCACCGCCGUACACCGGACCAACUAGCCUGGGCACGUUAAGAGUUGAUUUCUGACUACACGAGGAGCCAGGCAAGACAUGGUUCUGCUAAAAAUCUAAUUGAUCAAUCAUAUUAUUGUAUGUUCAUCUAUAAUCCAAGGAAUUGAAAUAACUUGACAAAUAUUUCAGUAGGAAAUUUACUAGCAAUAAUGGAACUGUCAAAUUUUUUCGAGUUUGUUAUCCUUACGAUUGGCUCUAAGAAAUAGAAGAGGAAUUAAAUAAUCGUUUAUAAAAAAUUGGUAAUUGGUAAUAUUGGUACUGAUGCGUAAAAUAUGUAUUGAAGGCAAUA